UUUAAUCUGCGUUGUUAUUUUGUUGAGGUUAUAAAAAUGUGUGAUCUUGAAUUCCAUUAUUUUUAUAAUGUUCUUUGAAUAAAAACGUAGCACUAAAGUGAUAAUCAUAUGAUCAAAAUGUUGUACGACGAUUUUAAGCCUAUAGUAGACUUGGUGCUGAACAACUGGACAGCUUUACAGCUGGCUGUUGAGCAUGGAAUGGGAGCACCAGGAGGGGAAAAGACUGCGCAACUCAUGUCGGUAUAUAUAGCGCGGUUUUGUGUUGAAAACGUUGUUGAUAGAGAUGAGCUUAGAGAAGUGAUUGAAGAUCUCAUGGAUGAAGAGUUUGAUACAGUUUGCCAUGAUGAUUCUCCUAAGGAAAUAGCUACAGUACUGUUAACAUACCUACAAUUAUUGAAGGAGGGUAGACAUGAUGAACUGCGAGGUAUGAUAGAGGCUAUGCCCAAAUGUCAGAAAUGGCUGAGUCAGCCUAUACAUGAGUCUGCACCACCACAAAGUCAUGGCAACCCUGAUGACGACACAACAAGCAGCAGUGGGGAAGACGAAGGUCCCGAGGACAUCAACGACCAUCCUCCAGUUAACGGAGAAGCAUCAACAUCAUCACCUAGUCAGAGACAAGAACCAGAGCCUAUGGACGAGGAUGUGGACCCAGGUUGGACAGUUGUCCGGACACGAAGGAAGAAAUAAAUAAUCAUGUAGAAUUCUCGUUGUUGGGGAUAGUUACAGCAACUAUUUAACACUAUGAAUAUUCCCUUAGAUUGUACAUGAGAUACACAAAAUACUAGGGGCCUUUGGUGGCUCAAUAAUGACCCUGAAAUCAUGGGUUUGUGAUGUUGGUCAUCAACCUUACAAUUACAACUCACAUUACAGGAGACAAACCAACUAUAGGUACAUCAAAAGCAGUUUAUUCUUACACCUUAGAUUUUUUUCCUGAUUUUGAAUGUUGAAAUAUGAGUUCAUUUCACCAUCUGCUUAUGAAGUAUGGUUAAAGUAUGACAGGGCACAUAAGAAUUGAACUAACACUAAAACUUCCAAUAGACUACAAACAAACAUUUUGCCAAUAAGGGAAUAAUGUUAUAGUUUUUGACAAGUUACUAAAAAGUUGCUUUUCAUAAGGCCAAAACUUUUUGCAAGAUUAGUUAGUAAAUUGAUUCUAGGAUCUAAGACUUCUGUCAUAGGUGGCACGUUUCUGGGAUCAGUAACACUAUUCUAAGAUCAAUAACACUUAGAAACAAUAAAGCGAUUCUGACUGAUCAGUAAUUAGAGUUUGUGGUAAAUAUCACGAUUCUGUUGUCUGAUAUGUGACACGGUCCUGGGAUCAGUAACAUGAUCUUUGGAUCAGUGAUACAAUGCUGUUAAACCCGUGCAGGAGUUCAAAGAGCAGUCGGCCAUUAGUUUCUCUAAAAGUUUCCUUGUUAAAUAUUGAUAGAUAAAGCUGAAAAUUCAGUACAAAUUAUAUUGUGCCUAGAAAAAACUAGUAAGAAGUAGAAUGUCAAUAAUAAUAAAAUUAAUGUGAUAGAAAAUCGCUAGAGAAGUAACAAUGUUAUAUUGGACACUUUUUGUUAACUUGUCAAUUUCCAUGAUCCAUAUCAAACUAUUUGUAUAAUAUCAUUAUACCAAUAUCUAUUGUCCUAUUAUUAAGUAAUUUUACCACCAUUAUACAUAGGCUUCUUAAAAGCGAACCAUUUAGCUUUGGAUGCUUGGUAUAUCCUAGUUCAUGAUUAUAUUCAAUGGAAAUCAUUAUAAAAUAUUAUGCAAUAAUGUUAAACAUAGACCUGGAUUAGUUAAGUUUAUGACAUGAACGACUGUUUUCAUGAAUUAUUUAUAUUAAAUAAAAUUUCAUUAUUGUUGAA